CAGGCAGCGACGAUGAAAUUAUUUCUAUCAAGGACACUGAAUCAGACGAGUCUUCUACGUCAGAUGGUAAACUUCAGAUAAACGAAGAUACAUCAACAGAAGCGAAGCAACAAAAUCAAGAUGCACAGGUUACAGAAACAGAACCCCAAGAUACUGUUAUAAAGGUACAAGUUGAAAAAGAAGAAGAUCCUAAAAUGGAAGUAACUGAAAGUAGUGUGGAUCCUUUGAAUGAAGCUCACUCUUCGGUACUUACUGAUGAUAAUUCUGUGUUAGUCUCAGAUCAAUCUAUAAAUUUAAAUUACUCUGAUGAAGCAAAAGAAACAGUAGUUGAAAAAGAGAAUCCUCAAGAUAUUGAAACUGAAAAGGAUGUAAUCCCAAGAAACGUGACUGAAUCUGAUACAGUAAUUCCUAUGGAAACAGAUGAACAAGCGUCAGAUACAAAAGUAUCCGUGGAAAAUAUUGCUUCAGGUAACGAUAUAAAAAAAGGCGCUAUUACUGUUUUUAAAGAUAUUGAUGUCGUAGAUUCCAUUACUGUGAAAUCGCCUGAUCUAGACCUACUGGAAAAGCCAGAAAGUAUUCUUAACACAUCACCAAUUGAAGCUGCUAAAUAUAAAGUUGAGGAAAGUGGGAUAUCAAAAGAUAAUAAACAGAUUAAUGUAGAUAACGAAGUAAAAGAUGAUUCUUCUCAGAAGAAAAAUGAAGGCACAAAAACAGAUGAGAAUAUUGAAAUAGAUACAGACAAACCAGCUACCAGAAUUAGAAAACGCACAAAAUCUACAACUUCAAAUAAGUCUGGCGUAGAAGCAGACGUAACAGAGAACAAGGAAGAAAAAGAAAUAAAAACACCGUUGAGAAGAAAACGUACACCAUCCACUGCAUCUAAUAAAUCACUUCUGGAAACUGAACAGAAAACACCAGAAAACAUACCCGAGGAUAUUAGCACUCCAUCCAGAAGACGAGCUAAGACUCCCACUAGCGCUGAAGUUAGAAAAAUUAUAACUCGACGUGUGUCGAGAGAAAUGUCAGGACAGUUGGAUCAAUCGAAAGAUAAUAUUGAGACAGUAUCAAGUACCCCAAAGAGACGUACUACGCGGGCAAGAAGUAAAAAUAUAGAUGAUAAUGAAAGUGUCGCUUCUGAGAGUUCAUUAAAAUCUUCACGAAGUGUGGUCAACGAAGAGGCCGGCGAUGUGAAACCGGCGGCGAUUAGAAAAGGCAGGCGAUCAAUAUUAGCGACGAAGACGGACUUGUCUGUGAUUCCUGAAACUAUACCGGAGGAGUCAGUUGGGAAAACGAAUGAAGACUUGAUCAAUGAAUAUUCCAGUUCUAGAAGACUGACCCGUAACCAGAAGGCAGUACUAGAGUCGUGGCUAGAACCAGCUCCAUCACCGCGGCGUGCUAGCACCAGCACGGCUGUCUCAGAUGUCUCCAGAGAUGACGAAGAUGGCUCCCCCAACAAAUCAGCCGCCUUCGACGUACAGUCCAUGGAUAGGAUUUCAUUGCUCAAUAAAGCCGAUUUUGAAGGCUCUCCUGACAGAGAUGAAUUAGUUCCCGACUCGCCGACCUCGAUCUCCACCGACGCCAGUAAGGAGCGUAGAUCCCGGCUAGCUCGCGCAACGUCUGAAUCCAAACAGGUGACAAGAGCAGCUAAGAUUUCAAGGAGAAUUCAAUCAGUUGACGUUGCUGUGACCCCCGAGCAUGGUUCACCAGCGCCAGGUGCCUCGAGUCCGGGCCGAAGUCGACGUGCCUCAUUCCACCGCGCGUGUGAAGCACUACACACGCCCAAGGGCAGGCGAACGUCAACCGAUGUCAAGGGCGAGACGGACAGUCCACAAGGGUCGGAGGCAGCAAUCGAGACUAAGACAAUUACACCGGCACGGAGACCGCGCAGAGUCUCCACACAGUCCAACACCAGUCAGGCUGCCUCAGAAACUAGCAAGAGGUCAAAAAAAACGUCAGCAGUAGAAGAAAGUAAGGAUAGUAAGAAGUAAUAUAUAAUUUAUUUUUCUCUUAUUUUUACACUAUUAUAUUUAGGGUACUAUUAAGUUUUGUUUUGCAUUUAUAAAUAAAUAAAAUGUGAUUCUGG